ACUCCACCAACAUUAAUUUCUUCCUGGCUAACCAUUUCACUGCAACACAACAAUGGAAGGCAAAGAAGUCAUGCUGAAGAGAAACACCAACAGUAACACGGCUGACCCAAUUACCCCAUAUUCCUCACUCUCAUUGCACAAGAAUUCUCAUGCAAUUUCAAAGUUCAAGCAGCAGAAGCAAGUAGUAAUACCGAAGAUUCGGAUAAUUCAUAUAUUUGCACCACAAGUGAUAAAGACCGAUGUCUCCAAUUUCAGGGAACUCGUCCACAGGCUCACUGGCAAACCUGAUCAUCAACAAAAAGCCCAUGCCAAACCCAUCACCAAAAAGAUGAAGAAGAGAAGAAACUCUACUGCUAUUUCUGCUCCUAAAAGAGACACAGUGGUGAAGCCGUCGGCAGCAAACAUGACGAGUACUCUACAACACCAAGACCAUGAGAUUCAUUGGGGAUGUGGCGACCAAGAUUCAUCAAGUACUAGUACAACUACUGCAGGUGGUUUUCUUGAUGAUUUUGACUUGUUUUGUUUGUCAGAUCAUUUUAAUUAUUGAUGAUCAUGGUGAUGAUGAUGAAUAGUUAAUUUGACUUUUCAUGAUCAACACUAGUAAAUUUCUAUGAUCAUAAUUGGUUUGUAAUGCUGUCAGGGGUGUGUAUAUAUAUAUAUCCUCAAUUAGCUGACUUUUUAUAUAUGUUUGGACGAACAAUCUCUACAUAUGUAAUGCUAUAUAUUGUGGGUUUGAUGCUCCAUUUACACAUGCAAUAUGGAAGUUAUCUAGUAGUUAA